UGUAGGACCGUAUGCUGUUACAUUAUGGCACAGCAGCAACUCACAUCUAUUUUCUUGCUGGUGAAUUUUUUUUGUAUUGCACCUUCCGCCUCAGACGGAAACUCCCAGGAAGUUACCACCGAGCAAUACAAGUAUGAGGACUAUGCUAUAAACGAGUUCAUGAAUACUACCAAUCCGAUAUGGGUGUUCAACACAACGCUACCUGCAUCUCCCCUGUGCAGGAAAGACCUCACUUUGGAAAUUACAGAAAAUCAGACUAUAUUUACAAGAUAUCACAUGGAGAACGGCACCUAUGUACAAAGGAACAUGACGGGAAACUUUAGUAAAUACAACGAGGAUGCAGCUGAACUGUAUGACAAGAUGACUGUUUUUUAUGGACAGACAGAAGUUGACGAGGAGAUAUUAGAAUACCUAAGCGAAGACAAAAAGUGUGCUGUGGUUGCGGUGAGCAAUCAGACCAUCAGCAGCAGCAGCAGCAGCGUUGGUGGUGCCCUAACUUUUCACGACCUGCGGGUGGAAGAUACAGCACUGAACGAUAUCAAUAACACCAAAUAUGAUGAAUGUCGGAAACGUUAUAACGAUAUUCUGUUAUUGACUAAGAAGAACUGGACACAACCUUACACUCCUGAGUGCAAGAGUGAGAACAAUGGGGUCCCCAUGAUAUCCUAGAGAAACAACAACUCUGGAAAAUGUAUUACAGUUCUAGAAGUGCAACUUGCAAUACUUUUUCUACAAGUCUACUUGCUUUCAUUCACCGAAUGAAAUUUAAUAAAUACGAUAUUGGGGAAGCAGUGUAUCCGCCUGAUUUAUUU